AUGGAUGAUGUAAUUCGUUUAAAUGUGGGUGGGACUUCUUUUUGCACCACACGAUCAACGCUUCUCCGAGAUCCUGCUUGCCUUUUUGCCAAAAUUUUGGAAACCGAAGACGAUGUCGCCUCAAUUGUUCAUCUCGACGAUGGAUCGAUAUUUAUUGAUCGAGAUGGAGCUAUGUUUGUUCAUAUUCUACAAUAUAUGCGUUCUGGAAAACUCAUCUUACCUGAAAAUUUCAAGGAUUUGAGCCGUUUAAUGGAUGAAGCUCAUUUCUUUAAUAUGAAAAUUUUACAAGAAGAAAUUGGAGCUACAUUAUCGCCAAGAGCCUCUUUAAAAGUCAGCGCAAUGGCCAAUGGAAAUUUGCUCGGUAUGGCUGAAACCGGAGGUUAUAUCACUUUGGGUUAUCGUGGGACUUUUGCCUUUGGAAGAGAUGGUCAAGCCGAUGUAAAAUUUAGAAAACUGCAUCGCAUACUAGUUUGUGGCAAAGUUGCGUUAUGCCGAGAGGUGUUCAGCGACACGCUGAAUGAAAGCAGAGACCCGGGGGAUCGUGAUGGAAGUGAGCGAUACACGUCGAGACUGUAUCUCAAACAUCAAUGCCUUGAAAGAGCAUGUGAUGCGAUGGCCGAAAAGGGCUUUAAGUUAGUUGCAACUUGUUGCAGUGGAGCAAAUGGGUUGGCUGCACCAAAUGCUCCCACGUCACAACAAGGCCCACCAUCACAAACAGAUCUGAUGACCCUUCGUAAUAGUGGAGAUUAUGAAGAACAGAGAUGGGCUCAUUACACGGAAUAUGUAUUCUAUCGAGAGCCAAGAAUGCCCGGAGAUUCGCCGAGAGCUCACUCGCCUGCAAACCCAAACAGAACCCAAAAUGAU